UAUAUAAUAACUAAUAACACUAACACUAAUAACAAACAGCGACGUAAACAACCGUAUUGGGACGUGAACGCCGAUCUAAAAAUAGGGACAUGAGAAAUUGAAAAAAAUAAUUAUUAUAUUAACAACGUCAAAAACAUUGUAAUAAUACAAUAUUAUAUACAUAGUUAAUUUUAUCGUUCAUCCCUGCCGUGUUUUCGACACAGGUGAUCGUCGGCUUUAAACAUUGCUUUAUGGCAAGGAAGAAUUUUCGGGGAAAGGACCCAAGACCGUCACCAUGGCAACCUAGGCUCAGAUCAAUAAAAUAAUAAUAAUAUAUUACCCCAGCUACAGCUUCGUGAGCUCUGCGCUCGCAUUUCAUAUCCGACAGCGGUUUUCGACGAUCAGCGGUUGUUGACGAACAGCUAAAAUUAUCGCUCACCGCCGUUCAUCAUCCCGCCGAAAGAUGAUAAAUGAGAUGUUGGUCAAAUUCUACUUCGAGUGCAGACGAAGAACUAUGAGAAGAUCGGCUAACGACUUUUUUUGCUUCUUGGUCAACAAUCCUCGCACGGUUUGCAGAAUUAUGUCAAUUAUGAUUGUGAUAAUAUUAUCCUCACUUAGCACAGAUUACUUACUCCAAGAACUAUACGCAAAGAAAAUCGAUCUGAAAAAUAAUGAUUAUGAUUUUGCCAAGCCCAGUUCACAUAUUGAUAUGGAAGCGGAGUUAUUACAAAUCAAUAUGAACCUAAAAAAUGUUGCAAAAAUGAUACGCUUUUUCGUGUGUCAUUUGGGUUUUGUUUUUAUGACUAUUUCCCUUUAUGCCAACGUUCUUCUGUUUAAGGCAACGUACAAGAGAAACCUUCAGAGUAUCAAAAUUUGGUUAUUUGUACAUACAUUACACAUGGCUUAUUCAUUAUCUAUAAAUGUUUGGAUUGGAAUAUAUAAAAAUUCUUAUUGCCUUAUAAUUCUUACAAUGUUUAAUACUAUCCUUUAUCUUCUGCUCAUAUUGCUGGUGAUAUUGUUUUGGAUGAAUGAGCGCUACUUUCAUUGUGUACGCGAAGUUUUACGUCAACAACGCAUGAUGGCUUUAUAAAAAGGAAAAAAUCUAAAUCAGUAGUCAAUAUAUAGAAUACAAAGAAUAAUCAAUUAUAUUAUAAAAAUUAAACUAUUUAUAAAAUUAAAUUAUUUGAGCAUAAAGUGAGAGGUAUAGGUAUCAUUGUCCACUUUAUAAAAUGAUACAGUCACAAUUAAAUUCCAAAAUUAUUACAAAAAACUUCUGAAUAUUCUUAGAUAUUGUUAUCUAAGGGUUAACAUCCAGUAAUGAUUGAUUUAUCGAGCAUUUCAAAAAUUGUCAUAAAAAUCAUAACAAAAAUCACUUUUAAAAAAAAAAUUUUUAAAGCAAAAAAAUUAUAUCUCUUUAAAAGUAAAAAAGAUUUCCAACACAUUUAAUACAAACACACUUAAUAGAGUCCAGUUACUUAAAAAUUAACCUUGUACUAUAAAAUAUGUUUUACAAAUAAAAUGCAAUGGCUAAACACACGAACAAACAUUGUGAGAUUUUAUUUGUGGAUAUAUUAUUUCAUUAUCACAAUUUAUUUUUAAUAAAUCGCCAACAAUUAAUAAUCAAAUUUCUUACAUGUACAGGCAUAACAAAUUAAAAAUAAAACUGCUUAAAAACUAAUAAUACGAGUAGCGGUGUUUAAAAUUUGAUACCAUUAAUAAGUUUUUCAAGCGGUUCUCACAGUCAAUUAUAUUAAAUAUUUAAAUGUAUUUAUCAUAUUAUGGUCAUUAACAAAAUAUGUCGGUUACUAUAUUGGUUUGUAUGAUGAUUAUAAAUGUAUAUAUGUAUUACUUAAUCGUUCUCAGUACAAACUUAUUUUGCUAUUUUGAAAAACAAAAAGUUACCACUAAGUAUAAAUUUAACCUUAUGUUAAAUAUGUAAUAACAUAAUAUA